AGGCCUCUGAGCUGAGAGAGGAAGUGAGCGGACGGUUCCGAUCUGGCUCGGUGCCUGGGAGCAGGGGAGAGCGGGGAGAGGGGAAGCGAGGCAGCGGCACAGCCGAGCCGAGCCCAGGCUGGAUGCGUGUGAUCCCCGACUUGGAGACCUGUGCAGAGUGACUCUGGACUGACGGCUGGUUCCCGGGCACACCUCCAGAGACGAAGGUGUUCCAUUCCUGGCCCAUGGGCCAGAUCCAGCCUGAAGAGCUGUGUCAUCUGGAUGGUGGUGGAAUAGUGGUGGGAUUAAUUGCCUUUUCACGGCUAGACAUGGACCCCUUCUAAUGCUUUUCUCUUUCCAGUAUUUCUUAUGAACUACGAAGAAUCUUCAUGAACAAACUUUAAAUUGAAAAUUAUAGAAGAAGGGCCUAAGGUUGCAGACUGCAGAACAGAUGUGGGAAGAUGUUGGCUGUGGACACGGGGCUUGUGGAGGAGUGGUUAUCAGAGUUCAAGACGCUGCCAGAAGCAUCAAUAGCUAGCUAUGCUACAAAUUUGAAAGAUAAGAGUUCUCUGGUCUCAUCUUUGUACAGAGUUAUUCAGGAACCACAGAGUGAGCUGUUAGAACCAGUUUGCCACCAGCUUUUUGAGUUCUAUCGCAGUGGUGAGGAACAACUGCUACGGUUCACACUGCAGUUUCUACCAGAAUUAAUGUGGUGCUACCUUGCAGUCUCAGCCAACAAAGACCUGCAGAGCAGUGGUUGCAUAGAGGCUCUUCUCCUAGGAGUUUACAACUUGGAAAUAGUGGACAAAGAAGGGCACAGUAAGGUGCUGAGUUUCACAAUUCCAUCCUUGUCCAAGCCUUCUGUGUAUCAUGAACCUUCCAGCAUUGGUUCCAUGGCUCUUACUGAGGGAGCUCUAUCCCAACAUGGUUUGUCCAGGGUUGUGUACAGUGGACCUCAUCCUCAGAGAGAGAUGUUAACAGCGCAAAAUAGGUUUGAAGUCCUCACAUUCCUCCUGUUGUGUUAUAAUGCUACCUUAAGCUACAUGCCAGCAAUCUCUCUCCAAUCAUUGUGUCAAAUUUGCUCAAGAAUCUGCGUGUGUGGAUAUCCUCGCCAACAAGUGAGAAAAUACAAAGGAAUAAGUAACAGGAUUCCAGUUUCUUCUGAAUUCAUGGUCCAAAUGCUAACUGGGAUUUAUUAUGCCUUUUAUAAUGGAGAAUGGGAUCUGGCUCGUAAAGCUAUGGAUGAUGUUUUGUAUAGAGCCCAGCUGGAAUUGUAUCCAGAACCACUUCUGGUUGCUAAUGCAAUAAAGGCUUCACUGCCUCAAGGUGCCAUGAAAUCUAGUAAAGAAGGUACUAGGUGCAUUCAGGUUGAAAUUACACCUACUUCAUCUAGAAUAUCAAGAAAUGCUGUGACUAGCAUGUCUAUCCGGGGGCAUAGAUGGAAAAGACAUGAUAAUACUGAUCUAGCAAUUCAAGAAGAACUGAUAGAAGUAUCUGAAAAUGAUGAAGGGUUUUACUCUAGGGCUACUUCUAGCUCAAGCCAGUCUGCCUUAUCAAACAGCAACAACACCAGCAGCAAGAUCCUGUUAGGGAAGAGCCAGCGAAGAUCUGGAGGAAGCAAAGUUGGGGGAAAAGAAAAAGAAGGUGCUGGAGAAGUGUGCAGAGAACAGUUGUCUCGAAAACAAACUCAGCGAGCCAUGAGUGAAAAUCUAGAGCUUCUGUCCUUAAAGAGACUGACAUUAACUACUAGCCAAUCGCUGCCUAAGCCUGGCAGUCAUAGUUUGGCCAGAACUACUACCACAGUUUUUAGUAAAUCUUUUGAGCAGGUCAGUGGUGUUGCAGUUCCAAGUAACCGUGGUAGUAGCGUGUCUGGUACAGAAGUAAAUAGGUUUUCUGCAUGCAGUCUGCAGGAAGAUAAAUUAAUUUAUGGAAUAGAAAAAACAGAUGUCCCCAAACAAUCAAAUCAGCAGCGACCUCCCAGUAUCAGUAUAACACUGUCAACUGAUUGAUGUCUGACAAACUGGUCAGUAUGAAAAAGGAAUUUAACAAAAUCUCUAAUGUUGGUCCUCUCUACCUUGUGUGGUCCCCUCUUAAAUGCUAAAUACCUACGUUCUUUAUCUUGUAAAGUUCAGCCGGAAUUUGACAGUAACAAAGUCUAGAUUGCAAUCUUAGCUAUUUCCUAUUAAAUUUAAAAUGUUAAUAGUGUAGAAAUAGCUCUUUAAGUGGUUUAAGUCUUUUAUUUUUUUUUUUUAAAGUUUACACCCCCUAUAGUUGCAAUUGUUAACAAGCAUCAGCAAUUUCUUCUUUGCUGCUCAGUUUCUUUUGGAAAGGUGGCCAUCUUGGAAUGAAAGUUUGGAACCACAUUGUAAGACUCUUGUAUCAUAACACUACCACAAGGCAAAACAUGCCAGAGAAAGUGUUUUAGUGCGAGAGGGCUACUUUUGAUGAAAGGUUGUAGCCUCAAUUUACUGUUGCAUGGAGUAUGGCUGCUGUUAUUAACUGUGGGCCACAUUUUAAAAACUGUAUUUCUGUCUUGCGCACACUGAAAUCAAAAUCAAAAAAUGCAAAUUAGAUUUUUUUCACACAUGAUGCUUCUUUGUAAAUCCCAUCUUUGAAAUGUGGUCUAAAAAGUCAUACAAUGGAAGAACAAACUUCUGGUGGACAGGAGUGUUCUGUAACCUCUAGGAUUGCCAUCAGAAAAGUGACUUGGUAGCAUAGUGAAUUUCAUGUUUGACUUCAGUGUCUUCCUUACAGAUAUGUUUGAUCCAAAAAACAAAAAGUUGUUGUUCUGUUGCUUCAAAGUGGACUUUGUGGAUAGGGCUUUUAUUUUUAGCUCAAGAGUUUUUUGGGAAUUUGGGGGUUUGUUUGGGUUUUUUUAACAAAUUAUUUAUAUAGAAUUCCAUCAAUUUUGAUGAGUGAGCUGCAGAUUUCAGUUGCUUCUCUGGGUGGCAAUUAUAGUCUCUCACUUUUUACUAUUGCCACACUUGAAUUUUCCUUAAUUUCCAACAUCAGUGUGCAAAAAAGGUAUGUUUUUUCUUGUCAUUUGUGAAAGGAGCAAAUUGUUCUCCCUUACCUACCCUUCUGCCUUCUUUGUCCUCCAGCCUAGUAUGCUCUAGUAUGCAAGGUUAUUGCACAUCAAGAAGAUUAGGCACUAAGUUGCUGCUUGGCAUCAUUGUCAUCAGACCCUUUUUUUUUAAAUAACUUUGGAGAAAAUGUGUUCAUUAGUAGCAGUGUCAGCAUUUUUACAUUGAUCUUGAUAGCCUUUGCUUUUAGUCAAGCAAACCAGUUAAAGGAAUUAAAGUGCUUAAAAGUAAGAAUACUGUUAAAAGAUGUGCGCAAAUUAAGUAUCUUGCAAGCACAAAAGCAAAUUUAUACUGUUGCUGAUUAGAACUUUUAGGCUUCUGUGUCUCCAUUAUUUUGCUAGUUUAAAGUAUAAAAUAGCAAUGUGCUUUAGAGGUAACUAUAGUAGUAGUGAGAGGUAAUGUUAAGAUGGCUUUAACAGCGCUUAAUAAUUACAACGUAUAUGCAAGUGAGGAGAAGAAAAAGCUGGCAAUAAUUGCUCCUUGUAGUUAAGUGAGUGUUUAUAGUGUAAUGUUGUGGUCUUCCCCCUCUCCCACCUCCAGGUAAAAUGAAGGAAUAAUUCAUAUAAUUUACACUCAGCCAGAUUUCUACAGUCAAGAAUAUAAAGGGUGCUGAUACCACAGAGCAAGUUCCAAAGCAUUAGUAGACUUUCCCUAAUUAAUUUUUACCUUGUGAUGCCACUCUCUCAUCAUUUGAAAACUAAAGCACAAAUUUAAGCGGGCCCAAAUUAUACUGUCUUUCUCCUGAGCAGCUUUUAGGAAGAAGAGGUGAGAGGAUGUGGAGGGGGUAGUGUAGUAUGAAAUGUUAGUUGAUCUUUGGUCGUAGCACUUGAAGCACUCGAACCACAAGUGGCUGAAGUAUAACGGGCAGCUAAUCAGAGGUACAACUAGUUAAUGGCUACUGAUUUGAAAUUCUACUUUUUAAUCUGAAAUUUCUUCCAGGAUGUUGAGAAGAAACCUUCUAGCUGGAAGUUCUAGUGACCCUUUGCUGGCUCUUACAGGUAGAACUAGCUGUCUUGAUCUGAUUUCCUAGCUAUAGGGUAGUUUUGUGUUUCUUUUUUUUUAACAUUUUGCUUGAAAUACCUGUUUAAGUUAACUUCGUAUUUAAUUUCCUAAUGCCAAGAAAACUCUGCUUUAUUCUGACAGUAUUAAUUAAGAAUUAGCUUUGAGAAGACAAUGGUAUUUUAAACUUUCUUCUUUUUUCUAUUUUUUAGAGACUGAUUUUGAAUUAUCUCCAUAGUGAAACUUUUUGAGAUUCAGUAUUGAUAGAAAGGCCAAAAAUUAUUGUACUGGGAAAACGUAGUAAUUUUAUUGGAAAGUUUAUAAAUUAAUAGAAUCAGUUCUUGAAUUGUGUCUAAAAUGCCAUAGGAUACAAGUGGGUAACUUAAUGUUUACAAAGCUGUUGACUAUUAUUAACACUAUGGAUCAGGUGGUAUUUGCUUAAAAUAAAACCAGUUUAUUCUUUAUCUUGCACAGCCAGUUGUUCUUAUCUUUGGCAGUUUUGUUUAAUGAUAGGAAGAAAAAAUGUUAGAAUAAAAUGAUAAAACCCACUUCCCUAUUUACACAACUGAAUUUACAUCAGAUUUUCUGCUUUUCAAGUAAGUGUGAUGAAAGGGGAGGUUUAAUUGAUGAAAAGGCUAUUGUUUCUACAUGCACAAACAUUGUCUUCAUAAACAUGUGCCCAACGCCUGCUCCGACACAUGCUAAUUAGCAUCUCAUAUUCCGCUCCCCCUUGCUUCAAAAUGGCAGAGAUGAUUUAACUAAAGUUUGCCAAACAAGCUUUGUUAAAGUGCCCCCACCAUCAUUUUAAAGUGUGGGAUGCUGAAGAUAUGAGAUGCUGCGGGUGUCCCAGGAACCACUCUAAUUAAAGCGCCCCCUUCUCCACCCCAGAGCAUGUGUAAAGACACUCUACAAGGCUUAUUCAUUUAUCAUGUUUUAUAUAACUCCAGAACCUAACACCCAAUAAUACUGAAAAUGACCCUAAGAAUCUUUUAUUGAUAUAUAUGUUUAAAAAUAGAACUCUUGCAUGGGUUGUUUUUUUUAUUUUUUUGUUUUUAAUGGAGCACAGGGAAAGUAGGAAUAACUGUUCUUUAACGUUGUAUAUGGCUGUUCAAAUAUGCAUUAAAAUUUCUUUUGUAGGGAAGUGUUAGGCACACUAAUAAGUUACAGCAAGUUCAAAGAGGGCAAGGAUUUUAUAUAUGUCAGAAGUUCCAUGGUAAGUGGUCCUGUGCAUGGUUUUCUUCUGGGGUAAAUGGAAAUGUACCUCAGUGAAAUGGGGCUAAGCUACCAUGGGGUUAGCUUCCAUUUACUGUCAGGUAAGAGUAUGCCUGGCCUGUGAAGCGACAGAAACAUGGUAAAUUGCCACUCCUGAUACAAUAACUUGCUUGUGUUUUCUAGUAUGUUUAGUCUUCAAAGUAGAAUUCAAGUGACAGUGGCUCCCUUUGGAUUAGCAGUGUCUUGAUGCAUUUAAUUAUGAAGCCAUUGUUCCAUUAAGCAAGAUUUGCCCAUUUUAAAUUCAGUAUACAUAUUGCAUUGAAGACAGUUGUUGAGCAGUUUUAUUUGUGGUUUUUUCCCCUGGGGGGAAGGAUGGGGGCUUACCUUAGCUGUAAGGGAUUACUUGAGAAACUUAUUUGAGUUUUAUUAGUUUUUUAAUAACUGGAGCUAAAGAGAAAAUGUCUAAUGCCGACAGUUAAAUGUAAACUCAUUACAUAAAAACAAAGGGAAAUGUUUCCAGUGCUGGUUUAACAAAACCUAAAGUAUUUUAUGAAAAUAACAUUUUAACAUAGGAAGUAUUUUAUUUAAUUCUUUAUAUAGAAAUCAGGUAUUUGUUUUCUGGAACUUCAGGACAUUUUUAUGCAAAGAACAUGUACUUUCUAACCAUUUUGUCUUGAUCUGUUAUGUGGUGUUUUUUCUGAAUUAAAAAAUGCUAGAUUGUUGGAGAUCGUACAACUAAAAAAUACAGUAAUAUACUGAUGGGUUUUUUUUAGCAAUCUUUCUAGAUGCAAGCAGGCUCCUUCUGAGUAGUAUAAAGAUUUUACAAAUUUUUAACUUAGUUUUGUCAUAUUUCUCUUGUCAAAGUUUGAGGUUUUAAAUGCCAUAUGUAGAUGUAUAAUAUUGCCUUUUGUAUUUCUGUAAGUUUUUAUUUCCAGAAGACUGCAACAGUGGACUAGAUAUAUAUUUUUAGUCACACAAGUCUGUGGAAUAACUGCAUCAGUUCAUAGUUGGUUCAGUCUUCUCUUGAAAGCCUGGGUUUAAAUGAUCAUGCCACGCAUAGUUUGCAUAGUUUGUUGUGUGACACUUCUGUUUUGGUAAUGCAACAUUUCACUUCUUUUACUUAGUAAAAUGCGUUUGUUUCAUUCUACUGUAGAGUUUACAUUCCUAAAGUAUAAACCAUGAAUUUACAUUGCUUUGUGUUUACUAUUUUGGUCAUUGAAAUAAACUGGAAUUUUUUUGAUGUUG